AUGGAUAUCGUCGACCGUGACGUGGAACGGGCUGAGAUGCAGGCGACGAGGACGUUCUCGCAGGAGAGCAAGGAACGUCGGUCACUGCGCAGCCAACAAUCAAGAGAGUCGAUGGGGUCUACUUCGUCGGGAUCAAGCACUUCUACGUCGCCAUCGAUGGGCAGAAUAGCUACCGCGGGCUAUUCCAAUCCAGAUAUCGUCACAAGAACAAGGACACACCCGAUCGAAGAUGUACGAACCGCAACACACCGCCUCCAGCAGGUCCAAACUGUUGGCGCCAGCGUCAAAUCUCGCGCCUCUACGAAGCCUCUCCCGCAAUUUGGAGGUGGGAAGCCAUAUCCUCCUAUGCUCCCGGCGCAGGAAGAAUACGUGGUGGAGUUUGAUGGAAAAGACGAUCCCGCACAUCCACAAAACUGGCCUUUCAAGAGAAAAUUCUACAUCGGAGCCAUUCUGGCAUAUACCUGCCUGGGCAGCACAUUCACGUCGUCCAUCUUCUCCGCCUCUACUUUCACGGUAGCCGCUCACUUCGGCGUCAGCGUCGAGGUGGCAACUCUCACCACCUCUCUAUACGUGCUGGGUUAUGCCUUCGGACCAUUGGUGUGGGGCCCCUUUUCAGAAUUGCAAGGUCGCAAGUUGCCCAUCCUUGUGGGAGUUUUCGGCUUCUCGGUGUUUUGCUUCGGUUGUGCAACAGCCAAAGAUUUACAGACGUUGAUGAUCACUCGGUUUUUCACUGGAUUCUUUGGCUCGUGUCCUCUGGCAGUCGUCGCGGCAGCAUUCUCUGACAUGUUUGACAACCGCCAACGAGGUGCGGCCAUUGUCAUUUUCUCUUCCAUGGUGUUCAUGGGACCUAUGCUAGGGCCUUUCAUCGGAGGCUUCAUCAACGAAUCGUAUCUAGGAUGGCGUUGGAAUCUCUACCUACCAGGAAUCAUGGGUUCCUUCGCCUUGAUCCUCGUCACCCUUUUCAUGCCAGAGACGUACGCGCCCGUCGUCCUGGUCGGCAAAGCUAAAGAAUUGAGGCGUCGCACCAAGAACUGGGGUAUCCAUGCCAAACAAGAAGAAGUUGAAGUGGACUUCCGAGAACUGGUGACCAAGAAUUUCUCUCGUCCGAUUCGCCUUUUGAUUUCCGAGCCGAUUAUCCUCGCCAUUACCAUAUACAUGUCCUUCAUCUACGGCCUUCUCUACUGCUUCUUGACCGCCUAUCCGCUCGUCUUUCAAGGUGUUCACCAUAUCAAGCCUGGUGUUGCUGGCCUGCCAUUUUUCGGCAUGGUCGUGGGCAUUUUCCUUGUUGCUGGAUACAUCAUAUACGAUGCCCGGAACUACAACAAGAAGUUGGAAGCCAAUGGAGGCAUUCCUGUUCCGGAAUGGCGUCUUCCGCCCGUCAUGAUCGGAGGCGUUCUAUUUUCUCUCGGCCUCUUCUGGUUUGGCUGGUCCGGUUACAAGGAAUCGGUGCAUUGGAUCGUUCCUACGUUGUCGGGUCUCUUCACAGGCUUUGGUCUACUGGCGAUCUUCAUCCAAUGCUUCAACUAUAUCAUCGAUUCUUAUCUCAUGUUUGCCGCUUCCGCCGUCGCCGCCAACACCUUUCUCCGAUCUUGUUUUGCCGCUGGAUUUCCGCUGUUCGCGCGCCAGAUGUUCAAUAACCUAGGAAUUCAAUGGGCUGGCACGCUCUUGGGCUGCCUUGCGGCUCUCUGUGUGCCCAUCCCAAUCUGUUUCUAUCUCUAUGGCAAGAAGUUACGACAAAAGUCCAAGUUUGCGCCGACAAUGACCGUCAAAAAACCGGCCGACGAGGAAUCGAGCGGAAGUGACAGUGAAACUGAGAUGCGAAUGGUGGCAUUGCAUGCUACGAGAAGCAGAGCGGACCACGACAGUGAAAUUACACGUCGAUCCCGAACGAGGACGAAUGGGUCCGUCCCGACCGGUGGAAGUGGAAAUGAAGCCAAUGUUCCAAAUGCGGAGAAGAGUAAUUGA